AUCUAAUACUCCCUCCGUCCCUGAGUGUUUGUCCACUUUCAUUUUUGCACACCAUCCAAUGCACUUCUUUAAUCCAUUUUAUCUUAUAAUUUGUAUAUUAAAAAAUUAUAAAAAUUAUAUAUUAAUAAUCUAUAUGUUAAGACGAAUCAAACAAGAUCACACAUGACUAUUUUUAGGCUUACACAUUGAGAGAAUUUGAUGAGUCAAACUGCUUAGAUGAACAGUUCCAAAAGUCAAAAGUGGACAAACACUCAGGGACGGACCAAGCCGGUCGUCCCAACAAAUCUGACCGGGGAAAUGGACAAGGUUGGUCCAUCCCGAUCUAGAAGAAGCCGGUCCCAGAGAUCGCACACCCAGGUCACACCAGAUGGCGAUGUGCGAUCAAUCCACAGCAAGGAUGAGGACUGGGAUGUACCCCAGGCCCAAAAGAAGCUAAAAGGAAAGGCAGUCCAGCCUGAAGGAUCCAGGAGAUCAGCAUUUCAAAGGCUGGGACAUGACGGCAGGAAUCAGAACCGGCCGGCCAAAGAACGACUAGGAGUGGAGACUACCCCGGUGAGUGCCUUUGACCGAUUGGGAAGAGGGGCCGGGCGACCUGGUCGGACCAGGCGCAUGGAGCCACCCCCUCGCGAUGAGCCCCAGAAUAGUCGGGCACCCCGGGAUGAAGAAGCCGAAAGCCAUCCAAGGCACACGGUCCGCUCCCAUAUUGAACAACCCCGGGACCGUGUGGGCCAAGUCGAAGCGCGUCUCGAAAAGUUGCAACGACGGGUAGACCGGGAUGAAAUGAAGAAAAUCUUGCUGAACGAAUCUCCGUUCACAGACCGGGUUCACGAGACCCCAUUUCCAAAGAAGGCGAAGCUUGAGGUCCCGAAAUUCACCGGGAAGGAGGACCCGAAAAUACACGUCAAAACCCUCCACCAGAGUGGGAGGAUGAUGGGCCUUUCCGGUGACGAGAAAUGUUUGCUCUUCUUCCAAACCCUCCGCGGCCGGGCCGCUGAGUGGUUUCACAACCUCCCUGCCGGCGAGAUCGAUUCUUUCGAUGAACUGGCCGAGGUGUUCCAGGAGAAGUUCAAGGAAAAUUGUACCAAGAGGAAGAAAUUCACCUACUUGAGUACGGCCAGGCAAAGGGAACACGAAGAUCUGACCAAAUUCCUUACCCGGUGGAAGGAUGAAGUUGACAAGGUGGAGGAGAUGGACGACAAAACAGACAUGUCCCUGCUGGUCUCCGGGCUUCGUUCUGGAGAAUUGUAUAAAGAAUUCUGCCGGAGACCUCCCCAGUCAUAUCAGGAGGCCUACAACACGGCCUGGGAUUAUGCUGACGCUGAAGCACAGGGGGUGAUCAAGCAGAUGAUAGAGGUCAGAGAGCUUGACCCAGAAUAUCUAGCUCAGGCGAAACCAAAGAAGAACCAAUGGGUCAGGCCCGAAGGACAACCGGCCGAGCAGAAUAAGAAGAAGAAAGCCGCCGGCAAGGAGCACUUGCAGGUCAUCUACGGUGGACCGGAAGGUGGAGAUUCUGCUUCUCAAAGAAAGAAGUGGGGACGAGAGCUCUAUGUGGGGACAAUUGCCCUAGCUCCCUGGUCAAAGCAAACCAGAAGGGAGGCGAUCACUUUCACAGAUCGGGACCUUCCCGCCACCGGCGAAGAUCACAAUGACCCCUUGGUCAUAACCAUGGAUAUGGGUGGAGUCGAUGUCUCCCGAGUACUCGUUGACACGGGCAGUAGUGUCAAUGUUUUGUACUUAGAGGCGUUUGAGAAACUCAAGCUGUGUCAAACACGGCUUGAGCCCUUGAAGACUCCCCUGUCCGGGUUCACUGGAGACUCUGUUGAAGCUGAGGGACCAAUCCUCCUGACUUGCGAAUUGGGCGUGGAAGACAAGGUGAUCCAGAAACAGAUGAGGUUUGUGGUAGUGAACAUCAAAUGUGUUCACAAUGCCAUCUUGGGCCGACCAGGAAUCAACAAAGUCCGAGGAAUCAUCUCCAUGGCACACCUCUGCAUGAAGUUCUAUACACCGGGCGGUAUAGGACAAGUCAGGGGAGAUCAAAAGAAGGCCCGGUCUUGUUAUCUGGAAGCUGUGAAAAAGAUGACAAAGGCGUUCAAAAGGGUUACCCUGGUUUCCCAGGAGGAAGACCAGUCGAAGUUGGAACCGGGUGACGAGACCGAGCAAAUUGUUCUCCGGGAAGCAUUUCCGGAGAGAAUGGUGAAGAUAGGCCGGGACCUGCCUGGAGGACUUCGAGAGGAAGUCAUCUCAGUCCUCCGGGAGUUCGCUGACUUAUUCGCUUGGAGUGUGGCGGAUAUGCCGGGCAUUGACCGGUCCAUUAUCUGCCACCGGUUGGCUGUAAUCGAAGGUAGCCGGUCGGUGAAACAAAAGAAGAGACACUUGGCGAAUGUCCGAAGGGACUUUGUCAAGAAAGAAUUGGCAAAAAUUGAAAUAUUGGACCAACCAAGUGCUGACCGGAUUGAGAUCGCAGCUAUUCAGCAAAGCCAGAGUUCAGCUACCGGGGUGAUUGAAGCGGAUGAUGACUGGAGAUACGAUCUCAUGGAGUAUUUAAUGACCGGCCAGAAACCGGACGACGAAGAACGAGCCAGGAAGGUUGUCUUACGAGCUCCCCGGUUUCAGGUACUGGAUGGUCACUUAUACAAACGCGCCAUUGGUGGACCCCUACUGCGUUGUCUCACCAACCCAGAAGCAGAACGGGUGAUAGCUGAGAACGAAGCCGACCACCUAGUUGAGUUAAAUCUGGUGGAAGAACGAAGGACCAUGGCAGCUGUCAAGAUGGCCGGCUACCAGCAGUCAGUAAAGAGAUAUCAUGACAACCGGGUGGGUCCAUGUUACUUCCAAGUGCAUGAUGAAGUCUUACGCAGAAGGGAUGCUACUCGCAUGCCAAACAAGACGACAUUCCAUGACCACUUGACCAGGAGGAGCUCGUCAACUUCUCAGGACAUGGCGAACCCGACAAACAAUCCGAAUCCGACGGACGGGUCGGGCAAGAGAGUCCGGAAACCCUACACCAUAACCAAGUCCAGAGAGAGCUGGACUGAUGAAGAACACGACAAGUUCCUUGAAGCUCUUCAACUGUUUGAUCGUGACUGGAAGAAAAUUGAAGAUUUUGUGGGUUCAAAGACAGUGAUUCAGAUUCGGAGUCAUGCCCAAAAGUAUUUCUUGAAGGUCCAAAAAAACGGUACAACAGCACAUGUGCCCCCACCUCGGCCCAAGCGUAAAGCAUCUCAUCCUUAUCCCCAAAAAGCUUCAAAAAAUGUUUUAGUGCCACUGCAGGGGCCUGUGGCUAAUCCUCCUUUAGUGAUUCCUCUCGCACCUGUGUAUGACACUUCCCUGCUUGUAAACACUUCGACCAGUGGAAUCAUGUCACGAGAAGAUGAAUUUUACAGUCCUGUAGAUGAAGAUACUGGAGCAAAGGGAGCAGAAGUAGUCAGCAACAAUGUUGAUGGAGUUGGGAGUUCUAGUAGAGUAGUGCCAAAACAGAGCGAGCUAGGUUCACGACUACAUGGAUUACCAGAUUUUGGAGAAGUGUACAAGUUCAUUGGAAGUAUGUUUGAUCCAGACACUAAAUGUCAAGAGCAGGAGCUCAAGGAGAUGGACCCUAUCAAUCUCGAAACAGUAUUAUUAUUGAUGAGGAAUCUAAGUAUCAACUUGUCUAGCCCCAACUUUGAGCCUAUUAGAAAGAUGUUAUCAUCAAAUGAUGUCAGUAUAAGAAGUUUAAGGGUCAGUGCGAGCAGUGUUGCCAAAAACUUGCACGACAUAUUAUGCUAAAUUACAUUCAUCUUAUAAUGUGAUGCUGCAUUUACUCUAGAGAGUGAUAUACACAUUGUGUAAUAUAUGUGCGGGAAUUCUCUGGCUACAUUCCCAAACAUGGAAAGCUAUAAUCUUUGAUGGAUUCCCGGAAUGGGCGACUUGCCAGAGUCUUCGUGGGGUGUUCCAGGGCUGUUGCUGUGCCAGCGAGCGUACCAAGAAAUGUGUUCAAAUUCUUCAAUGGAUGAUGGGAAUGUGUGCCCGCCUUCAAUUUUGUGCAGCGCGUAUAUUCCUUUUGUGCGUGUUAGAAAAUAUGUGUGUAGCUUUGAUAGCCCAAUCUUGUGCAGUUUCUAAGGAUUGUUUAUUAUGGCAUACACAUAUCUUGUGUGGUAUUGGGUAAUUGGCAUCAGCAUUUAUCAUGCAGAAUGUGAAUAUCUUAUAGGGAAUAAAGGGAUUAGAGGAUG